AUGUCGCAUUUUCUGGAAUUUAUUAUUGUCCUCUCUGCUUUGACAACAGGUAAACAUUUUCAAUUAUGGUUUUAUUUUUUCAAGUAUUAGGCAUUUAUUCUAUUAUUAUUAAGGCUAAUUAUAUUGUCAUCUUUAAUAUUUGCACAUUAAUAUGUUAUCUUUAUUUAUCUUUAUGUAACGACGGGGAUCUGUGAUAUUUAUAUAAAGGAAGGUUUUGAUAAUUAAAUAAUUGAAUUUGAAUUGUGCAGCAUUAGAUUGCUCUCAUAUUUAUACUUUCAGAAAAAUUAACAAUUAGAGGUGCUUGUUAUAAAGCAAAAAACGUUGUGUUUCCAUUGUAUUGUCAGAGCAACAAACUGAAUAUUUGCAAAAUCUGCUUAAUGCCAAACCACUUGAGAACUUUGUAAAAGGACAUUAGAAGGUCAGCAGGGAAUGUUCUGAAGGGAAUGUGAAGGCUAAUUAAAAUUUCAUUUCAAAUUUAGGCCAAAAUGGCUGAAAACCAAAUUGCCAAACUACAUUUUCAAACUACUUAUUUUGGGCUAAAAUCUGAGAUUCGCCUUGAAUUCUUGGUGAUUUACUACUAUGGGUAAUAAUAUAAAGACACACGGGGUUAUUCACUCUACGGUGAGAAUAGAAAGUGAAUUUCCAAUGUAAGGUUAAACGAGCCGAUCUGGAAACAUUCUCUAAGCCCGCUGUGCUAUCAUUUUGGCUAUGGUCUUAAAUUUAGUAAAAUCCACUGACAGUGUUUGUCUAUUAUCAAAGGGUGUCAAUCCAAACAAGCAAUUCAACAUGCAUUCUUGAAUUAAAAAUUAUAUAUAUAUAUUUAUUAAAUUUAUAUAAUGUACAUAUGUAUAAUUAAUAAUGGGAUCUAACAUAUAUCUCUAUAUAUUCUGCAGUUACUUCUGGUCUCAGCUGUGUGACGUGCACAGGAUACGGCGAUACAACCUGCAACGGGAAAAGUGUUACCUGCACAGCUGGUCAUGUCUGUGCAUCUGCUUAUAUAAUGACUACAGGUAUGCCGUAUGUGUCAGUAGAUAUGAUUGAUUCAUUCAUGCUUAAUGUGUUAAAUGGAACUGUUACCAUGGAAACAUUUAAAUAAGUAUUAGAGUGUAUAAACCUGUUUAUUAAGUUGUUAUGGUGGAGCUUUUCGUGAUUUUUUUCUAAUGUGAUACUACUUUAUAUAUAUUUUUAUAUGUAUAUAUUAAUAUAUAAAGUAGUAUCACAUUAGAAAAAUAUAUACCUUAUAAAUAUAUACAUAUAUAUACCUUCUUAAAAUGCCAAUCUCAAAAAGUGCAAUCUCAACCUUAAAGUUUUUGUGCAAACAUUUUUUUAAAAAGUCCCAAUCCUGUAAGGUGCUAUUCUAGUACUCAAACAUUUAGAAAAAUUAUGUUUUUCUUCCUUUUUUAUUUUCCUUCCUUUCUUAAAAAAACACAAAAACAUUAGUGUAUGUUUAUAUCACUGCACACAUUAUUUUAAUUACUAUAAAACUAAAUUCAUUCAAAAAAUAAACUGGAAUUAGAAUUUCUUUUAUUUUGUGCAAUUUACAGUGCUUAUAGUGAAAAAUUUAAAAUAAAGUGAUAUCCCUUUAAACUUUUAAAGCUUUGUUUUUUGCUCUCUGUUAUACCCUCAGUAUUGUUGGAAGCACUCUUUUAUGCAGGGAUGAGGGAUAAAAUCUCAAAAACAAAACAUAGAAAACCAGAAUAGCACAGACACAUUUAAAUAUGGAGAGAUUCACUAAAUCGUUUAAAUGCUAACUCACAAAGGAGGAGUCAAGAAUGGGGUUCUUUUGUAGGGGCAACCCUUUCCCUUCCUUAGAAUUGGGAUUGUUUUACGUAAGAAAAUAAGUUCACAGAUAGUGCAAUAUGCUAGAACACAGAUAUCAAAUAUUUUAAGCAAUAUACCCUACUCACAUUUGGAGGAGCCUUUUUCUGUAGGCUCUAUUUGCUGAACCAGCAUCUCAUUUAGUGGCGACGCUAACCCUUGCAAUCACCAGAGAAAUCCUUAGUAUCGUAGAUGUUUCCACCUUUAUUCAGGUAACAUGUAUCAAAAGCCAAUAAAUAAUAACUUUAGUUUGGGGAAAAAAUAGAUAAAACAAUAUUAAAAAUUAUAUGUUGAAAAGUAUGAAUAUCAGAGCGGGGACUUGUUUCACCGUUGGGGCUUCCUCAAACAGUACUGGAAUUGCACAGUAUAAGAUUGGCAGUUUUUAGAAAUAUUUGCACAAAAACGUGAAGGUUGAGAUUGCACUUUAUAAUAUUGGCAGUUAAGAAGGUAUUUAUAUAAAUUAGUAUCACAUUCGAACAAUUUGCUAAGCACUGAACCAUAACAACUUACAGAUUUUAGAUUUUUUAAAGUUAUUUAAAGGAUAUCUUGAGGAUGUUAGAGGAGCUAAUUAAAAUCACUACCAAGUUUUUUUUUCAAUGAGAUGAAGUUAUUACAACGCUUUGAGUAGUCCUUUAACAACCACUACACUAACCAAUGAGAGGUGGAGAUCUGUAUUGCUAAAUUUCAGCCAAUAUAGCUCAGUUGGGCAAAGUCUUCAACUCAACUAUAGUCACAGUUUGGCUAAUUUAAGCCUCAAUUUAAUUCCUGCUGAUUCAUGUAUUGGCAGUUUUACUGGAUAUAUCAAAGUGUGUAUGAUCCCCAAAUUGGAUUUAAGAUUGUACAAUAUUUUAGUACAAUAGGGAAGUAUCCCAUAGAAUGAUUGGAUAGAUCUAAGAACUGGUAUUAGUAAAAAAAAAAAUGUAAAUGACGUAGACCUUUGGGCAUUAAUGGACUGCACUGACUGUACAAUGAAUCUCCUUUGCCAGACAAAGUCUUCCUAAGCCUCAGGGGUAUAUAAGGCUAUGCCAUUUGAUAUAAAAACACAAACGACCAAGGUCAGAGAACACAGUCAAAGCCCUAUAUAACAUUUCUUUGCUGCUAGAUGAGGAACUGCACAAAAUUUCAGCCAAUCUAUCAACAUAUUUUCCAACAAUAAAGAACAUAUUAGAAACCAAAUCACCAAAAGCGGCAGAUAAUUUCGAGUCUACUCAGAUCAGUGUGAUUCAUUCUAUCUUGAAAAAUUGUGUGAUAGAACGCCUAUCCUUUUGUUGCUGGUCUCCAAUAGUUUUAAACUCUUACUAGUUUUUUUUUUUGUUUCAAUCUUGAAGGUAACAAUCUGCACUCUCAACUACUUCUUCUGAUAUUUUUGCUCUAGUGUUGCUCAAAACUAUUACCAACAUUGCUAAACUGGAAAGAUACCCAACAAUUCCCAUUUUAGUGAAUAACCCUGUUAGUGUCUCUCUAAUUAAAUGUCAGCACUAUGGUGCACACUAGACACCUAAAGCACUAGGGCUUGCUAAAAAGCUUUAUGUGUGAAGAGGAUGUCUUCAAUAGAAAUUGACACUUUUAUAAUUGAACCUUGUUACACCCCCCUGUCUGUCAAUCAGACAACCAGUCCUGUUACUUCCUGGUUUGUUCAACUCAGUGGAGCUAAACUCAAGAGGCAGCAAUUAUCCAGUGCACCUGUCUUGCAAAGACCUCUCAUUGAGCUGUAUUGGGAAGUCUGUGAUUGGACAGCCAGAGAAAGCCUGGGCAGGUUUAGAAGGGAAGUGCUUGCAAAAACUGCAGACAAGAGAUAUACCUACAAUGAAACAAAUGCAUAAUUAAGAGUAUACAUAUUUUCAUUUGGGAUAUAUCUUCUAAACAGUGAUUUUUAUUUGUUUUGCGUUUGGGCAAUGGAGUGUUCCUUUAAGCAACUCUUGCUAAAAGCAUCCUUUAGUAACUGAUUGAAUCUUGGUUAUAUAAAUUAAUCGCUGUGAAAAUAAUUAUCCUUAUGCAAUAUAUUAUUUAAAAAAAAGUUUAAAGAUUAAGUAUAUUUGACUAAUAAUGAUAUCAUAAUAUUUUGUCUUUAGGUGGAACAACUUCUAUUAGAUCAUGUGAGCCAGAGAACAAGUGCAAUUUAGCUGGAACAAUGACAUUAUCUGGUACUAAAAUGUAUAUGGCUACCCUCUGCUGCUCAACAGAUAACUGUUCUCCACCUGAACCUACAGGUAAGAAAUUACUUCCAAGUUGUAUCUCUAGAAAUCAAACAAAUUAAAUUUCUCUGCAAUAACACACAUCUGCAGAGGUCUCCAAAAUAUGUAGGAUUGACAAUAUAGAUGUUGCAUCAGAAAGUAACUGGAUCUGUUUGAUGCCUGUCAAAAUUGCACAGCUUUAGGCUAAUGAUGAAGAAGUAAAUUAUACAUAAAAAGGAGCUAUCGAUGGCUGCAAUUAGAUUUCUAUGAAGGCAGGUUGUGAAAACCCUUGAGUGACUGCAAAAAACCUGCAGUAAAACUUGAUGGCAAGUGAGCACAGUAAGGGUGUACUAAAUGCAGAAGAUUUCCAUGCCAGCACUCCAAGACAUACACCACUACUGACCAAAAGCACUAGAAAAAUCAGCUCCAAUAUGUUCGAAAUCGUAUAAAUUAUGCAACAGAAGCUUUGGGAUUAUGCUCUUCGGAGCAAUGAAACAAAACUGGAACUUUUUGGCCCAAUGGAUCAGAGGUAUGUCUGGAGAAAGAAGAAGAAGCAUACACUGAAAUGAACACUUUGCAUACAGUUAAGCAUGAUGGUGGCUCGUUGAUGCCCUGGGGCUGCUUUUCAUUCUUUGGCACUGGAAACCUGCAGCAUGUGGAAAGCAAGAUGUAUUCAUUGAAGUAUUAGGAAAUCCUAAAAGAAAACAUCAUGCUGUCUGUGAGGAAGCUGAAGAUUGGGUGUCAUUGGACCCUCCAAUAAGACCAUGGUCCCAAGCAUACCUUAAAUUCCACCAAGGCUUGGUUGCAGAAGAAGUCUUGGUUCAUUCUACAGUGGCCAUCACAGGCACCUGACUAGAACCCCAUAGAAAAUCUCUGAUGGGAUUUGGAGAAGGAGGUUGCAGCACGCAAACCCCAGAACAUUACUGAACUGGAGGUCAGCAGCAGGUCAUAGCAGCAAAAGGGUGCUCUACUAAGUACUAAUGAUGCUUCCCAUGAAGUGGGGGAAUAAUUUUGAGACUGGAGAAGUCAUUAUAAGUUUCAUUUUUAUACACAAACAAAAAAUAACAAUUAUAAACACUAACACCUAAAAAUAGUAGGGAAGAACAUUUUUCUCAUUGGAUAGUGAUGACAGCUUCCUCCAGAUAUAUACCAUGUGGAUGCAAACAAAAGAGGAUACAGCUGUAGAUCUACAACAUAAAAAGCAAAUAAUAGUGUAAUACUGCUAAAAAAAUAUAAAUGCGCUAUGAUGAGUUACACUCACAAGAUAGAUGAAAAUAUGUCACCAAGGGGUGGCUCCCCUGAUGAAAUGGGGGGCCAAAUCCACUCCUCUUGCCUUCAGUGAUGAUGAGACUGGACCCAGGAUCAAAGAAUACAAUUCUACUUUAUUAUAAAAAGUAAACAUCAAUAAAAAAUAGUGCUAUGCCAGGUCCUACGCGUUUCGUCCUAUAAGGACUUCCUCAGGGACCUCUUGGUAUUGAAAGCCACCCAACUAAAAUAACAGCAGAAAUAAAAUAAAACAAGAAUGCUUGUUUUGAUUAUUUCUUGAUUUUAUUGCUGCUGUUAUUUUCAAUACCAAGAGGUCCCUGAGGAAGUCCUUAUAGGACGAAACGCGUGGGACCUGGCAUAGCACUAUUUUUUAUUGAUGUUUACUUUUUAUAAUAAAGCAAAAUUGUAUCCUUUUAUCCUCAGUCCAGUCUCAUCAUCACUGAAGGCAAGAAGAGUGUAUUUGGUCCCCCAUUUUCAUCAGGGGAGGCACCAUAGGGGAAUAUAUUUUCAUCUAUCUUGUGAGUGCUACUUAUCACAGUGCAUUUAUAUAUUUUUUAACAGUGUUACACUAUUACUUGCUUUUUAUGUUGUUAAUCUACAGUUGUAUCCAAGUUUCAUUUUUAGUUGAAUUUGGGGAAGCCACUCGAAGCAUUUGUUGUGUUAAGCUGUUUCAAUUGCAUUUGUUUGAUUUGUUCAUUGCAAAUAGCUGGAAGUCUUUACAUUUUGACAAUAAACCUGAUUUUCAAUGGGGGUUGAAUAAGUUUGAUUACAACUAUAUAAUAUAUAUUUUACACUGUUGGGGUGCUUUUCUCAGCAUCGCUGACUGCUCAUUGGUGCAGCAAUGGGGUAAUUAUUCAGUUACACCCUACCACCAUCGUUUCUUCCUUAAAGUAUUACAGGACAUGGGUCCUGGGGUAUAAAGAUAUAUCAUAGAAACCCCAGUCUGUUACUGGAGCUUGGAAUUUAGUCACUGCUUUCCACCUCCCUCCUCACUAUUGUCUCAGGAAUGGAGGGAGAGAAAGAGAGAGUGUGUGAGUUUGUGUGACUACUUACUUGUGUGUGUGUGUGUGUCUAUUUUUGCAUUUCUGCAUAUUUGUGUGUUUUGUUUGACUAUUUGUAAUUGUAAGGUGCUGGUCCAUGCCACUGUCCUCUCCCGCCUUGACUACUGCAAUCCACUUCUCAGUGGUCUCACAUGUUUCCAACUUGCCCCAUUGAAGUCUAUAAUGAAUGCGGCGGCGAGGCUCAUCUUCAUCUCCGCCAGCCUCUCCCAUGCCUCACCCCUCUGUCACUUCCUGCAUUGGCUUCCUGUAAGAUAUAGGGCUCAAUAUAAAAUUCUGGUUCUUGCUUUCAAAUCUCUACAUAAUGCUACGCCCUCCUAUCUAUCCUCCCUAUUACACAAGUAUGUCCCGUCUAGGUCCCUACGCUCUGCCGAAGACCUGCGUCUAUCCUCUGUUCAUACUCCCACCUCUGAUGCUCGCAUUCAAGACUUCUCUAGGGCUGCACUGUUCCUAUGGAACUCCCUUCCCUUUUCUGUUAGACGCUCACCCAGUCUCCACUCCUUCAAAAAAUCAUCAAAAACUCACUUUUUCACAAAAGCAUAUCAAUUAAACUGUUAAUGGCUCCAAAAAACUCAUACUAAGUCUUCAUUAAAUUAAAACUAUUCUACCAGUCUACUAGAACUUCCCUUACCUUUUGUGUCACUUUACCCCACUCCCUCUAGCAUGUAAGCUCAUUGAGCAGGGCCCUCAAACCCUCUGUUCCUGUGUGUCCAACUUGUCUGGUUACAACUACAUGUUUGUUAGUCCACCCAUUGUAAAGUGCUGCGGAAUUUGUUGGCACGAUGUAAAUAAUAACAUAAUAAUAAUAAUAAUCUCCAAACAAUAUGUCCAGUGUAUGUAUGUAUGUGUGUGCAUUUGGCAAUUUGUUUAUGUAUCGAAAUGUCUAACUUACCACUGCUGCAUUUAAUCUUCUUACCUAAUAGUGCCAAAUGUUCAAGCUGCAGUGAAUGGACUGGAAUGCCCCAGCUAUCUCUCAUCUUCUACUGGUUCAAACACUGUACAAUGUGUUGGGAAGGAGACUAAGUGUGUUUACCAGACUACGAUAAUAGUACAAGGUAAUAUUGUUGACCAUACACUGUUUUAUUCAGGAUCAUUAUUCUGCAUAAAUAUUAUUUUACAGCAUAUAAUUUUUUUUUUAACAAUUAAUUUCACAAUUGUUUGCAGAAUAGAGAGUGGAGUUUCAUUCUUAUAAUUUAUAGGGAUUACGAUUAGACUGCUGGAAAAUAUACAAAGAUCACAAUAAUAAAUGUUAAUUAUAAUUAUAAAAUGUUUAUAUUUAAUGUAGAAUGUAUAUCUUUUUUUUCAUAGGGAAUAUGACCAGUAGCAGUUCUAUUUUUGGCUGUGGAACCAGUAGUCUAUGUGAAAUUGACUCCUAUUCUGCUAAUGGACAAGAUGAGACCGUUGAUGUGACUUUCAAGUGUUACAGUGCUGGUUCAGGCCUCUAUUAUGGAAUUUCCUUCCUCUUAACUGCUUUACUUUUGCUGUUGAAAAGUAUAUUUUAA